AUGGCCAUGAAGAAAGAACAACCCCUGUUCUGCGGCAACAUCGAGCCCCAAGAACGAACCUUCACAUCUAUAACCUCGACACCAGACUUCCACAGCCGCAUCCUCCCAACCAUCAAACACGACCACCUCGAGCUAGUCUCCCACAGCCAAAAGAUCUUCACCUCCACCAACCCCGACGAACAAACCCGGUACCAAAACCAAUUCACCUGGGAACUAGCCCGUCACCUCAUAGGCGAAGAACUAGUAAUCUACCCAGCCAUCAUCGCCUCUCUCCCGGACGGCCAAGAAACAGCCGACAGAAACAGACUCGAACACCAGGGCAUUAAGGAGAAGUUGAAGAUCUUCCAAGAUCUGGCAUCUACGGAUCCGCGCUUCGUGCCCACUCUCCGUGGACUGAUGGAUGAUUUUGGUAUUCAUGCUAGACAUGAGGAGGAUGUGGAGUUGCCUCGUUUGGAGGAGAUGCUUUCUAAGGAGGAGAGUGUUGAGAUGACGAAGUCGUUGGAGAGAACUAAGGUUUUUGUUCCUUCGAGGUCUCAUCCGCAUGCUCCUGUGAAACCGCCUUUUGAGAGUGUUGUUGGGCUCAUUACGGCGCCGAUUGAUUCGGUGGCGGAUUUGUUUCGGAGGUGGCCUGGUAAGAAGGGGUAG